UUGGGCAAGUGACCAACAUGUGAAAUUGAUCUACACACAUAUUUUUUCCCGACUCUUUUCCCUGUGACGCGGAGAGUGAAAAGUGUGGUGAAAUGUGUUUACAGAUAGUGAAUUUUCAUAGCACAGAUAGAACGCAUGUGCGAGCGGAGAAAAUUAUUCUCACAGUGAUUUUCACGCGCGAUCGUAUAGAUAUUUUCGUCAGUUUCAUUCGAACUGGCACUCAGUGGUGUUUUUCCUAUCAGAAAGAGGGAACUUUUAUUAUCUCUGUCCAAAGUGGAAAAGAUAUUAUAUUGGUGAUUUAAUGUCUGAUGUGAUAGACAAAAAAUGAUUCACGUGGAUGAGAGUGAUCCAAUUGGAGAAUUGGAGCCGAGUUUCCCCUUUCGACCCAUUGAAAUUCACAAGGACAAAAUACCCAGUGAUCUAUAUGAUAUUUCACCAGAAGAAUUGGGACGUGGAAAAUAUGGGACGGUUUUCCUGUGCCGUGAACGCGCGACAGGCCUUGAACUUGCCGCCAAAUUUGUACCAUGUCCGAAGCGUGAAGAUCGUCGCAAUAUGGAACGCGAGAUCGAUAUAAUGCGAACACUUCAACAUCCGCGUCUCAUACAGAUUUACGAUGCCUUCGAUGACGGCAAAACGAUAAGCAUCAUCUUGGAAUUAAUCUUAGGAGGAGAACUAUUUGAACGCGUUAUUGGGGAUGAUUUUGAACUAACAGAAAGAGCAUGUACGGUAUUUAUGAGACAAAUAUGCGAUGGAGUCGAUUUUAUACAUAGCAACAAUAUCAUCCAUCUUGAUCUCAAGCCUGAAAAUAUAUUAUGUUUAACUAAAACUGGAAAUCGAAUAAAGAUCAUCGACUUUGGAUUAGCAAGGCAUUACAAUCCAGAUAAGAAACUCCAAGUACUCUUUGGCACCCCUGAAUUUGCAGCUCCUGAAGUUGUCAACUUCGACCAGAUAGGUUUCUACACGGAUAUGUGGAGCGUAGGCGUAAUAUGUUAUGUUUUAUUAUCGGGAUUAUCACCAUUUAUGGGAGAUAACGAUGUAGAGACAAUGACAAAUGUAACAUUAGGAAAUUAUGACUUCAACGAUGCCACAUUCGAUGCUGUUUCAGAUGAGGCAAAGGAUUUCAUCACCAAACUUCUAACACGAUCAUGUACUGAUCGUUUAACAGCUAAAGACGCACUCAAACAUCCCUGGCUGAGAGAAUCUGCCCAAAAUACUGAAUUGCCCGGCACAAAGACCAAAUUGAAGCGAUAUGUAAUCAAGAAACGCUGGAUAAAGGCUGUCUAUACAAUCAUAGCUCUGCAGAGAAUGGGUGCAAAGAUCGAUCUUGAUCUUCUAUGAUCACCCAAAAUAUAUUUUAUUUUAUUCUCGUGUUCAUUUUACGUUGUAAGUAAAUCUAUUCUAUUCUCUAAAAACUAUUUAUUAACUUAAAAAAAAAAGUUGAAAAUAUACACACAUAAAAAUUUUAACAAAAA